UGGAUUUACAAGCGUGUAAGUUUGAGAGCUUUGUGCUUCACCCUUUGGAUUGCGUUAGCGUUUUUGGCACGAGGAGAGCGGAAAUGGGCAGUACACUUUGGGAAGCAGAGGGUCUCAUGUGCGCGUGCUGAGCCACACUCCUCGGAGGAGCUCGCGACCACUUCGCAGCAGCAUGAGGACGUGAGCAGGUCGGAAGGAGCGGCUCCUGAGUCCCGACGUGCCUCUUCUCUUCCUCCUCGAUCACGCCAGCGCGCUCAAACUGUGGCCGGCCUCAGCUCUGAAACCUCAGCACACCAGAGAGCCAGCGGCGCGCGGCCGCUCCGCGUGUGCUCCUCCGUGGCAGCAAUGAUGCUCGCGCUCACCUUCACCUGCCGCGCGCUGCUCCUCUUCUUGCUCUCGGAGUCGGUUCAGACCGACAAGACGGCGCCCUUCCUGAUCACAGAGAACAUGUGGCCUCGUGGUUGUGUGCUGGACUGCCAGAGGGGGCGCCACAGACCUGUGUGUGGCAGCAAUGGCAGGCUGUAUAAAUCGCUGUGUGCCUUUCAGAGGGCACAGUGCAUCAACACACAGCUCCGCCACGUCCCACGGGGACACUGUGCAGAUCCGUUGCAGACUAAAUGCCAGCUGGCCCGAGCUCAGGGCCUUGAGGCCAGAGCCCGCAGCCGUGGUAGUCCUGCAGCUGCAGUUUUUGUGCCUGCGUGCGGUCCCGAAGGUCACUUCAUGCCCAUACAGUGCCACAACCAGACCGGAUAUUGCUGGUGCUCCACGCCUGAUGGCAAACCUGUCAGUGGUACCACGGCCCUCCAUGUGAUCCCCAACUGCACCGAUCACCUCACCAAGCUCGUUCAGAUCACCGAUACAGAUGCAACUCCAGUCAAAGAUGGAGACGUUGGACCUGGACCUACGCUGGACCCUAGAAAACCUGCAGACAAUCCUCAGACUUGUCAGCGUGAGCGAGCGUCUCUGCUCUCUCAGACUCGUCAAGCCCGGGAGGAUGAGCGUUUCAUCCCAGAAUGCACUGCAGAUGGGCGUUACAGCCCCGUGCAGUGCCACACUGCUACAGGUUACUGCUGGUGUGUCAGAGUGGACACUGGGAGGCCACGACCAGGCACCUCAGCACGGAAUCAAAUCCCGGACUGCACUAGGGCAGAGGCUGCAUCACUGGAGAAACCUCUGCCUGGGUGUCCUGGAGCUCGUAAGAAGAAGUUCCUUCAGAGUCUGGUCAGAGCGCUGCAGGUGGAAGCACAGCAUGCUGGGAGUCAGAGUCCCUACCAAGACUCAAACACAGAUCCUUCCAGUGCUCCUUCGCCCACUUCAAACCCUCCACCCUCUGUGGCUCCUUCAUCAUCUUCCUCCUCUCUGGAUAAUGCCUCCGCUGAUGCUGCAGAGUCUUCUAGGCCAGAGGUGGUGCUGCAGUGGCACUUUAGUCAGCUGGACGUGGACUCCGACGGGUGGCUCAGUGAGCGUGAGGCUCGACCCCUCCGUCAGUUCCUGCGGCGCAGACUGAAGCCACGACGCUGUGCUAAGAAGUUCGCCCAGUACUGCGACAGCGAUCGAGACCGAAGCCUAACGUUAGAGGAGCUGAGGGUGUGCCUGGCUCUCUGAGGAGGCUUAUCGUCAGAGUCAAAGCGACCGAGAGCAACGAGACAAAUCAGCUGACAUCAAAAGGCAGCUCGUUUUAGUGAUUAAGUCAUAGAAGCGCCAUCGUUGGGGUUGGAAGAUCUGUUCUGUCGCCCACUUGUUCCUACAUGGUCGCAAAUUCCUGACACUAUCGCUGUGGGGUGGAGCAGGGGGAGGUUUUAAUGUGCAACCUCCAGCUCAGAUACAAUCGGCACUCCAGACAACCACUACAGUAAUCUGAUCCAUUCUCAGCCACUUGCAGCUCAGUGUCCUCUGCUGUUUCACACCCUGCAGAGCCAUCCAGGGGUUCAGCUUUGAUUCUUUUUGGCUGACUUUUGCUCGUGAUUCCAGACCAAUAACACCAAGAAACCUUAAUUUAUUCAGUUACUGCUUUCCUUUUUCUCCUUUCAUUAAUCUUAUGUGUCUUUUACUUCCCGAGCCUGCAUCUCUUCUUCUUUGUACAUACUUUGUUACAACACAUACUGACAGUAUAUAUUAACACAUGUAUACAUAAGUAUAUGUACUUUUGUAAUUUGUUCGUUAAGUUGUAUUUUCAGACCACAUCAUCGACUCACAGCAUUUUCUACUAAGUAAUUGUGAGUUAAAAAAGGGAAAAACAGGUGUGAUGGAUGGAUGGAACU